AUGGCAAAACCUAGUGUUGUAUUUGUUUUAGGUGGGCCGGGUGCUGGUAAAGGGACUCAAUGUAGCAAAAUUGUCCAAGAAUUUGGUUACGUCCAUUUAUCUGCUGGCGAUUUGUUAAGAGCCGAAAGGAACUCAGGAUCAGCAGAUGGUGAUCUCAUUGAUCGUUAUAUUAAAAAUGGCGAGAUUGUACCUGUUGCCAUUACGGUACGAUUGAUCGAGAAGGCGAUGAUUGCUAGUCCUGUUCAGAAAUUUCUAGUCGAUGGUUUUCCACGUAAUCACGACAAUUUAAAUGGUUGGAAUAGUCACAUGGAAGGCAAAGCCAAUGUCAAGUUUGUCCUCUUUAUGGAUUGUCCCUUUGAUAUUUGUAUUGAAAGAGUGAAAAAACGCAGCCAGACAAGUGGUCGAAAAGAUGACAAUGAUGAAACAUUACGAAAGCGUUUAAAUGGUUAUAAAAAUGAUACCGUACCAAUCAUUCAACACUAUGAGAAACAAGGCUUAGUACGAACGGUCACCAGCUCCGAUAAUGUUGAUGCCGUCUACGAUCGAGUUCGACAAUGCUUUCUACCAGAUUAA